UGGCUUCCUGCAGCUCCGUUUAAGGUAUACUAAGCAAGGUACUUAUCACAAGCCGCUUACCAUGCUUCAAGCUUCAAGCUUGCAACACUUCUGUUCAACUUCGUUGGUUCAAAAAUCUGGGCUAUACCGUCAUUCUAGAACGUGUUCCUAAUCGCCAAGCGUGGAGGUGCUUUAAAACAAUGGGAUGAACUUCAUUUCCAGAGGCGCUGGAAGGGCUGAAGCUGAAGUACCCACUCCUAGGGACAAUUUUCCAACGCCUUGCCAGUGAGUACCAACAAACGCGCCGUGUACCUGAGUCAUCGUGUGUCGUACAAUCCAUCUUACAGGCCGUUAUGGGGGGCACAAAUCCCAUAAGUCGAUCCCGUGGUCAUGAUGCUGCUCGUCUGCAUACCGGCAAUGGCGGAAUCAUUCCCUUGCAGAACAUCACACUUCUUAUUCUUGCUAUAAUCUUUUCUCUACUUUUUAUUGCUCGCUUUAGCAUGCUGAAUGACAUCGCAACGAAUGAUCCAGGCGUUGUCCUAUUGGGUGAAAACGUUGACAUCGACAUUGAUGAGCCUGCCAUCACUGUCACAUGGUCUAUUAUUGCAUGUGGGGACAAUAUUGAGCUCAACGAAAGCUCUGGUAUCCACGAGAGUAAAUGCGGGUUGCCCUCGAUGUACCUGCAGAUUUAUGUCGACGACUCUCCUGAACCUGCAUUUUUAUACGAUCCUACCGCGAUUCCAUUCGUUCGGAAAACGAGAAUCGAGAACCUCGUUCGAUUUGACAGUGAUUAUACGCUUGAUGUCCACGAAGCUCGCUUGUACCCAUUUGAUUCCUAUGUUCUCUCCAGUACUCUGCGAGUCCUCGAUGCUUCCAAUGCGACCGUUCCUAUUCGGAAAGUCUCCACGAUCGAACAAUCAACAAGUUUUCUUGUGGCCAGUAGCGACAUGGACAGCUACGAGACAACUUCUAAUGGGACUCAAGUUGCCGCUCAUGACUUUGAUUUGCGGGUGACGAGGCCUGGUCAAGUAAAAAUGUUUACUUUAUUACUCUUUGGCAUCAACUGGAUGUUGUCUCAUGUCACCAUUGGACAUGUUCUAUUGGCACGCAGGCUCGUCGAUAUCAGGUCCAUGACCAAGCAUCUUAUUUCUGCCUUUGCUAUCCUUCUCGUCAUCCCUCAGCUGAGGAAUUCAAUGCCAGAUUCUCCAGGUUUUGAUGACGAUUACAUUGGUUUUUUUCCGCAGAUGAUCAUUUCCGCUUCCUCGGUUCUUAUCAUACUGCUUAUUAUUAUGCUUCGCGAAUAUAACGAGAUAGAGAACAAACGUACCCUCGGCAGAAUCUCGCCGCCCCCACCCCCACCCCCUUUCACACCGCGCACUCCCAAACUAUCUUCCACACCCCAUACACCUGCUAUUCCGCAGCGGAAAUCACCGAUGAAACCCCUCCUCCUUGGAGCCAAAGUGCGCACCCGGUCGGACGAGCUCAAUGCAAGUAUCGCAUUUCCGCCGCCUCCCUAUGCAGGUGGUACCCUUCAUCACCGUUCUCGUUCUUCGCGAACCCGUUGUGGUAUCAUAGGGCUAGGAGGACAGCUCGGAAGCGUCCAUGGGCCCAUGUCGUCCGGGUCAACUACUACACUGAAGUCAGUCAAGGGGCGAUAGUUGACCCGACUAGUAGUCUGAUUUAACUUUAAAUUAUCCUUAUGUGUUGUGACUCAGUACCUUGUUAUACACACUCGUAUUUUUAUCGCGUAUGUAGCCCUUUUGAUUUUAUAUCCCGCUUGUGGAUGGUUAGACCCCAGAUACGACGUCCAUCCAGACCAUCCUACACUGCUUCGUUAUUAAUGAUUGCGACGCUGAAUAUUAUUAGACUUUCUAUCACCA